AUGGUGCAGCAGCAUGACCCACGAGAGGAUCAAGAUGAAGACGAUGAAGAGGAGCAAGGGCGAGAGCGAGACUUGGUCGAGGCCUACGUGGCCGAGCACUCGCUCGAAGCGUCAUUGAACGACGUGAUCAACCAGGUGGUGGCUACACGACCAGAAGACCCGUUUCUCAUGCUCUCGUCGCUGCUGUACGCACGGGCGACGGCCAAGCGCGGCGUUUUGUUCGUACAAGUGUGUGAAGUUUUGGACGCCUCGGGGGGUCCCACAGUGCUAGUGAGGCUGCAUACUGGCAAAGGCAUCUUUGAAGGGUGCUGCUCAGCCGAAGCGGGGGGCAUCACGGAUCGUGAAUCAAAGCGUCAAGAGGAAGACAGUGAUGGUACAACUGACGUUUCUCCUAGCACACUUCGCUACGGCGGUCGAGGGUUCGAAAAGAUUGCGGCUGCAGCACAAGAAAUACUGACGGAAAAGCUUGUAAACACGGAGCCUACGGAUCAGCAUGCGCUCGACACAAUUCUGCAGAAUCUGGACACGACGUUGGGACGCAACGUGUGUCUAGCGACUUCGUUCGCCGUUUGUCAGGCUGGAGCCAAGUACGCCGAGGUGCCGCUUCGUGACUACGUGGCCAAGCUGCAAGAACUCCCGUUGGAGAACCAGUGCGUCCCCAUGCCGCUCUUCAGCGUCGUGAACGGCGGCAAGUACGCAUCCAAUAAACUGUUCGCACAGGAAGUUCUGAUGACGCCGACGAGUGCCGCGAGCUUCGCUGACGCGUUGCAGAUCGCCGUGGAGUUCAAUUCUGCACUGCGUACACAACUGGAAGCUCGCGGCGUUGGGUUUACCAAUCGCGGAGCGUUCGGUGGGUUUGCGCCGCAAGUCCAAAGUCUUGAGGAGGUUUUGCACAUUGUUCGUGCGGCUGCGGACGACGUUCGAGCGCAACUUGAAGCCCCAGAAGGACAAGUGAUCUCGACUGCGAGUGCCUCUCCGUUACGUGUAGACUUUGGCGUAGACUUCGCUGCGUCCGAAUUCGUUGUAUCCCCCGACAGUGAUACAGUCCAAAAUGAAGACGACAACGAGACGCCUCGGUCGUUCCCGUACAAUACGGACCGGUGGGUGCCUGGGUCGAGUGGUGCGCUCAAGAAUAGUGACGAGUUGCUGGAUAUUGUGCGCAGCAGCGUUAAAGAGCUGGGGAUUACGACUGUCGUCGAUCCGCUCGACGCCGGCGACGUCAAGAGCUUUGCGGCUUUAAACAGCUCUGAAAAUGAAUUGGAUGGAAGGAGUGUCUUGGCUUUUGGAGAACCCGCCGAAGGUGGAGCAACAGACGCGAAGGAAGGAGCGGGACUUGGCGGUGAUCCCAACUGUCGCGUUCAAGUUGUAUGUCGAGCAGCUGUGGAACGCCACGGACUGACGGUUCUGAGCGAAGAACGCGCCUGCAACACGGUGCUUCUCGUUCCGCAUCAGUUCCCGACAGUGUCAAGACUCCUGCAAGCCAUCACGGACGCUCAACAUCUUGGACUCGCUGUGAUCUUAGGGGCUUCGGCUGGACAACCAGGUGCAGACGCUGACAUUUUUGCAGCUCUGGCGAUGGGAUCAGGUGUCGGCCAAGUCAAGUUCGGCGGUUUGCUAGGAGCUGAAUCUCUAGAUCGAUACCGGAAGCUGCUACUGGCGAGUCAAGAGCCAGGAGCGCCGUCUUUUGUCGGUGCCAGUGCCUAUCGUCGCUGA